GUACAACACAACACCGCGAUAAACUGUAGCAUAACGAGCCGGCGAUCACCAUAUAUCCUUAUACUAAUUGAAGUCAACUGGAUAUCGGACGACUUUCUUCCCAGUGUUGUCAUCGUCUUGAUUGAUGUCUUCAACAUGAUUAACGGGUAGAGCUGGUAAAGGACCGCGGUAGCUUCCAUCUAGCGGAAACGCCCUCGCGCUCCAGCUUCCACCAUGGGUCAGGGAUUCUCUCUCACGUCGCCACCAGCCGGCUCUGCCGGUAUCGACAUACCAGAACUGGGCGAUCUUGUGUACGAAAAGUCGGUCGGCACGGCGCGCUUUCUCAAGUGCAUCCGCGCUAGACAUCACGAUGGCGUUGUUCUGGUCAAGGUUCUUACCAAGCCGUACACUCCCAUGCCUCUUGACGACUAUAGGCAAGAGAUAAUUCGUGAAAGCAAAGCCCUAGCCGACGUACCGAACGCCUUGGCCUACCAGCGGGUCAUCGAGACCGACACCAACGGAUAUCUCGUGCGACAGUACCUCUACAACUCUCUCUACGAUCGAUUCAGCACUCGGCCGUUCUUGGAGGACAUUGAGAAGAAAUGGCUUGCCUUCCAGUUGCUCUGCGCCCUGCGCGACUGCCACAGCAGGGACAUCUACCAUGGCGACAUCAAGACGGAGAACACCCUGGUGACCUCGUGGAACUGGCUGUAUCUGUCAGACUUUUCCUCCUCCUUCAAGCCCGUCAUCCUGCCAGAUGACAACCCGGCCGACUUCUCUUACUUUUUUGAUACGUCAGGGCGGAGGACCUGCUACAUUGCGCCCGAACGGUUCCAGUCCGCCGGGGACGCCAUGAAUUCUCCCACAAAGCUGAACUGGGCUAUGGAUAUAUUCAGCGCCGGCUGCGUCAUUGCUGAGCUGUUCACUGAAGCGCCCAUAUUCAGUCUCAGCCAACUGUACAACUAUCGGAGUGGGAAAUACGACCCUGCUAUCUCGCACCUCUCCCACAUUCCAGACAAGGACUUGCGCGAAAUGAUAAUUCACAUGAUACAGUUGGAUCCUCAAAAGAGAUACUCUGCCGAUGAUUAUCUGCGCUUCUGGCGCAAAACCGUCUUCCCAGAUUACUUCUAUGACUUUCUCCACCAGUACAUGGAGGUUAUUACAGAUCCGUCAUCGGGCCAGUAUCCGAUAUCAGGGGCAACACGGAACCUUGGUGAGGCUGACGAAAGGAUCGAUAGAGUUUUUUAUGAUUUCGAUAAGAUCUCUUACUCGCUGGGCUACCAGCAUAACCCGAGCUCAGGCAGUGGUGUCCUUGUGCCCAAACCUCCUCGCCUCGGUCUGGGGCACUUCCCGGUCAGGCUUAAUAUACCAAACCACGAACACUAUGUAUCGAGCCAGGGGCAACCGCCAUCAGACGAUGGUACUCUGAUUUUUUUGGCUUUGAUAUGUUCGUCGAUACGAAACACUGCGAGGGCAGCGUCCAAGAUUCGAGCUUGUGAUGUUCUACUCGCCUUCUCGGAGAGAAUAACGGAUGAAGCAAAGUUGGAUCGGGUUGUGCCAUAUCUAAUGUCUCUGCUCAAUGACAAAGCCGACAUGGUCGUGAUCACGGCAAUCAGGACAAUCACGCAGGUUCUGGCCCUCGUCAAGGUUGUGACACCUGUGAACUCACCCAUCUUCCUCGAGUAUAUUCUGCCACGGAUGCAGGUAGCCCUGACUAGUGCACAGGCGAAUCCUAGUCCGCUGGUGAGAAUGACAUAUGCAUCUUGUCUCGGGACACUGGCUACUACCGCUGGCCGAUAUCUCGACAUAGCAGGUGCUCUAAGAGCCGAGGGGGCAAUCACGGUUGCUGACCCCGAGGUCGAGCCAGGGAGCACCACUGCAUUUGAUGGCAUGUUCGAGCAUACUCGCCAUGAACUGGUGAUUCAGUUUGAGUUGCACGUCAAGCUGUUGAUCGAGGACCCGGAUCCCUUUGUCCGGAGAGCUUUCCUCAGCUCAGUCCCGGAACUCUGCAUGUUCUUCGGAACAGCAGAUUCGAAUGACAUCAUACUGGCACACCUCAACACGUAUCUGAACGACCGUGACUGGACCCUCAAGUGUGCUCUUUUCGACACCAUCGUUGGCAUCGCUGCCUUUAUAGGAAGUACCAGUCUGGACGAGUUCAUACUGCCACUUAUGGUGCAGGCUCUAAUGGACACGGAGGAAAACGUGGUGCAAGGUGCGCUCCACUCACUUGCCGAGCUGGCAGAGCUUGGGUUACUGUCCAAGUCGAGGGUUUGUGAGCUUGUUGAGGUUGUGGCGCGCUUCACCAUGCACCCGAACAUAUGGAUACGCGAGUCUGCGACUGAGUUCAUCGCCAUGGCCACCAAGUACUUAACCGCGGCCGACAUUAGGUGUAUGGUGUAUCCAAUAGUAGCCCCGUACCUGAAGCCUGGCAUCACGCCGCAGUUCUCCGAGCUGGCGUUACUUGGGACACUCAGGAGACCGCUCACAAGACCAGUGUUUGAUCAGGCACUAUUGUGGGCUCUCAAAUCAGACCGAGGGCUGUUUUGGAAGCCUUUACAAAAGGCACGGGCGCUCAUGCUCGGAAACUCUUCUGCCGCAAAGGGCAACGGCCGCGGCUCAAGUGAGCACAACCCAGCCAACCUGGGCAAGGUUGCACGCAAUGAGGAGGAUGAGCAGUGGUUGUCAAGGCUGCGCAAUCUGGGCUUGUCGCAGGAGGAUGAAUUCAAGCUUCUGAGCUUGAGGGAGUUCAUCUGGAGGUUGAGCCAGAUGAAGACGCGGGACUCGGCAGCUACCAGGGACGAGGACAAAACCUCAAAGCAGCUAAAUAAUAUCAUCCCCCUUCGCACUCUUGGAGUGACGCCACAAAUGGUGUUCUUCGACGAGGAGCCAAAGGGCAUGUCUCAAGGAGGCGGCGAACUGGACGGCGCCCCACGCACCAUCACGGACGCACUGCGGGACGCAUCGAUGAGUAUUGACGACCCGGUGGCUAGGCGCCGGCGUGCAGCACUCAAUAGCCACAGGACCCGUCUGAGCAGCCGCAACAGCUUGUCACCAAUGUCUAUCGAAGGGCGCAUGUCGUUGGACGAUGAGCUGGCAGGUGCCCCGUCGAGCACCUCGCCAGGGCUUCUUUCACCACCUGGGGACGGGGAAAAGCACAGGUUCAAUGGGCAAGGGCCCAAGAGGACAUUGCGUCACCAAUCGAGUGCGCUUAGCCUCCUCAACCGCAAGGACAGUGCCAAGUCGGGGGCAGAAACUGGCAUGACUGAAGCAAACGCCUUUGGCCAGGUCGGAGGCCCAUCCUCGCAGACUUCCAAGGCCAAACCACUGGCGGCCGACGCCGCUGAGGAUCCGCUUGCGAAGAACAGGUCGAGGGCUAAUCACAGCUAUGAAGGUAACGAUCCCAACAUCCUCAGGAUGCUGGACUCGAUGUACGUGGACAACUACCCACACGACGUCGCCGAGUUUGGACCGCUGGUAGCGCCAAUAGCUCGACGAAGAGUCAGCAGACCAGCUACGGCCGAUGGUUCCGAACAAGGAUGGAGGCCGGCGGGUAAGCUGGUGGCCACCUUCUCGGAACAUACCGGAGCCAUCAAUAGAGUAGUGCCAUCGCCAGAUCACGUCUUCUUCAUCACGGGUGGUGACGACGGGACAGUCAGAGUUUGGGAUACCGCACGGCUCGAGCGUAACAUUGCGCACCGCUCAAGAGCAGUCUACUCGCAUGCACCAGGUGUCAGAGUGCUGUCUCUGUGUUUUAUCCAGGAUACCCACUGCUUUGUGAGUUGCGGAAGUGAUGGAAGUGUACAUAUAGUCAAGGUUGAAUGUUCCAUGUCUGGAGAUGUGACGCGGUACAACAAACAGCCGCGGAUGAUCCGUCGGUACCAACUCAGUCGGCCUGGUGAAUUUGCCGUGUGGUGCGAGCACUACAAGCAGCAAGGGAACGGCUCGCCAGGCAGCACUGAGGGUGGCUCGACAGGGUUCAACUCGACGACCUCGACGUUGAUCCUGGCAACCAACAUGUCACGGGUAGAAGCCAUUGACCUGCGCAAUACAACACUACUUUGGGCGCUCGAAAACCCUGUACACCAUGGAACACCAACGUGUUUCUGCCUGGACCGCAAGCGCAACUGGCUGUGUCUCGGAACCUCGCAUGGCGUGCUCGACCUCUGGGAUCUGCGCUUCAAAGUCCGCCUCAAGGCAUGGGGUGUUCCUGGCAAGGGUGCCGUCUACCGUCUCGCAGUGCACCCUACUAAGGGCCGCGGGAGGUGGGUCUGCGUCGCGGGGGGCACCGGACAGGGCGAGGUGACCGUUUGGGACUUGGAAAAGACCACGUGCCGCGAGGUCUACCGAGUGGGCGGUAACAAGGAAGCCCCGCGCGGCUACAGCGCCUGGGAGGUGGACGAGGAUAAACCCGAGGGCAUGCUGGGCCGGUUCGCGACCGAUAUCGAGACAGGGGAGGCGGCCCACGUCACGGGCGGCUCAGACCGCGGGGUGCGCGCCAUGGUCGUCGGAAGCAGCAGUGCCAGCGUCGAGGUCGACAAUGGCGGCGGUGGUGGCAGCGGCGGCCGUGACGUGCGUUAUGCCUACAUCCUCACGGCCGGCUCCGACAAGAAGCUCCGGUUCUGGGACUUGUCUCGCAUCGAGAACAGCACCGUGUUCAGCGGCAUCGGACCCGAGGAGCCGCGGCCGAGCUUCACGGCCAGCCAUCCUACCACGGCGCUUACGCUCAACACGGAGAGGCUGCCACGGCAGAGCGUCGGUGCUGGCGGCGACGAUGGCGGCAAGGGCAAGGGUCGGGCCAAGACGGCGCGGUCUACCGUCGUCUCGAUCCAGCAGCAACAAUUGUUGAGGAGUCAUCUGGAUGCCGUUCUCGACGUUGCUGUCAUCGAGAGUCCAUACACCAUGACCGUGUCCGUGGACCGGAUGGGGGUCGUUUUUGUGUUCCAGUAA